CUUAAGGAAUAGGAUAAAUAUGGCUGUUAAGGGUGAGAACUACUUAGAUUCCCUUCAGUUACCUGUUCAGCGCAUGCACUUAAUUCAGGUGGACUCUGUUCAGCGAUGGAUGGAAGAUCUGAAGUUGAUGACGGAUUGUGAAUGUAUGUGUAUUCUCCAGUCCAAACCAAUCAGCAUUGAGAAGGAUGAAGAAAAUGAACUUAUGCUUUCCUCACAACAUAGUACAUGUGAUAACUUGCAGUUGCUAUUAAAAAGAGCCUGGAUUGUAAGCACAGAGUUUACCAGGAUUGCUCAAAAACUGGAGAAGAACAGAUGGCAAAGAGUCCACAGCAUGACAGUGCGCGUCAACUGCCAUGUACGUUCAAUGAUAAAUGAACACAAUAUGUUCACCAGGAAUUCUUCAGAAGAAAUGCACAAGUUUGAAAAACUCUUACUAGACAAAUGUUCAGAGUUUACAGCGUUCACAGAAAGAUGCAUACAAACUGAGGAUGAGCAGAUACUGAGAUCCAUGAAGUCUUGUAUUAAUGAAACACUCACUACUGUUGCUCAGUAUUUUGGCCAGUUGAUAGAGCUGAUUUUAACAAAUGAAGCACAGAAUCUGCUGAGACAAAUAGAAUUGUCAGACAAUGUGUACAUCACUGAGUCGGCUCUUAGUAGUUUAUUCAGCCUUACCCAGGAAGGUGCUCAUCUGUGCCGCAUCAUAGCUAAGGAAGGAGGUGUAGUUGCUCUCUUUAAGAUCUGCCGCCAGGAUUGUUUCCGGUGCCUUUACCCACAGACACUGAGAACGUUGGCAUCUGUUUGCUGUGUAGAGGAAGGCAUGCACCAGCUGGAGAAGGUUGAUGGCAUCCUGUGCUUGGCUGACAUUCUUACUGAUAGCAGCCACUCUGAAGCCACUCGUGCAGAAGCGGCAGCAGUUGUUGCACAGAUCACAUCCCCACAUCUCACGUUCACUCAGCAUCUCAGCAGCUUCCUGGAAAAUAUGGAGGAAAUCGUAACAGCGCUUGUCAAACUGUGCCAAGAAGCCUCAUCUGGUGAAGUUUUCCUGCUAGCUUCAGCAGCCCUUGCCAAUAUUACUUUCUUUGACACUGUGGCUUGUGAGAUGUUGCUCCAGUUAAAUGCAAUGAAGAUUCUUCUAGCAGCGUGUUCAGACAAACAGAUAGUGGAUACUCCAUAUUCCCGGGAUCAGGUGGUAACAAUAUUGGCAAACAUGUCUGUGUUGGACCAGUGUGCAUCAGAAAUCAUUCAAGGAAAUGGUGUUCAGCUUUUAUUGGAAAUGCUCUUUGAGAAAUCAUCUUCAGGAAAUUCAGCAGAAGUUGCUGCUUGUGAGCGAGUCCAGCAGAAAUCUGCAGUUACACUGGCGCGACUCAGCCGAGAUCCUGAGGUGGCAGAUGCAGCUGUAAAACUCAGCUGUAUUCCUCGCCUAAUCAAACUCUGCAGAUCACCAACAGAAAGAAAUAACAGUGAUUCUGUUUUAGUGGCAUGUCUGGCAGCCUUACGACGACUAGCAAUUAUGAGUCCUGAUAGACUUGAAGAUUCAGAUUUUCAGCAGCUGGUAAAGCCCAGACUUGUGGAUUCCUUUCUGCUAUGCACAAAUAUGGAAGAGAGCUUUGUAUAAACAUGAGCCAAAAACCUCAAAGGAAGAUAGCUUCUGAAAAACUAUAAUAGUAUACAAUCUUAUGUAGUUUUAGCCUAUUAUUUAUGACUUAUUUAUUUUAAAACCACAAACAUGUGGUUUGUAGUAACAAAGAAACAGAAUAAUUAAAUUUGUUUCAAGGGUUUACAAAGGUAACUUCA